GAGCACUGCCUCACCGCGGAGGAGAUGUGGGGCGACGGCGGCUCGGCCGGCGAGCGCGCUGCGCCCGCGCCGCUCGUCCUCCCCGAGGAGACCUGCCUCACCGCGGAGGAGAUGUGGGGCGGCGGCAGCUCCGACGGCGAGCAGGGCGCGCCGGAGCUGCGAGGAGAGCCUGCGGGCGCUGUCGACGGCGGUCCGCCGAGCCCGGCGGAGCGCCUGCGCCGGAUGCUGGCAGGCCCGAGCGCGCCAAGUGUGCUGCGCGGGCUGAGUCCGCAGGAGGUCGAGGCCCUGGCAGCGGACUGCCGGCUCGCGGCCGAGACGCUGCACUGGGUGGUGCGGCUGCAGCAGGGGCAGCCCUGA